UUGUAAUGACUGACCCCCUCCUUCAUGACCAUUUGCUUUCUUUCUUUAUUUUUUCUUUUUAUAAGAAAAUAUAUAUUUUGGAGGGGGGUGAUAUCGUGAAUUAAACAUUGCCGUCUCUUCCUAAUUCCUAAUAAUCCUCUUUAGAGCUUCCUCUUCUCUCUGCAACAAAGCGGAUCGUAAUCGGUUUCAUCCAUUGUAGCUCUAUAUUUUGAAGGGACAAAUCAUUUGGAAUUGAGCAGAAUCUCUGGUGCGGUGAAACCGAUUGCUCUAAAGUUGGGUCCUUUAGAUGGGUUUUAAGUCUCCCCAUUAGGCACAUUGUUGAGGAACAAAGAAAGUGUCGUGAGUCCUCUUCUCCCAAGUGUAACUGUGGUUAAAGUUUAGCCGAGAUGCAGGGAGAGAGGGCCAGUCUCGGCUAUUUAUCAGAGUCCUUGAACUUUGAGCAUGGUUCUUCCUCAAGUAAUGGUGUGAUAGACCACUGGGAGAAUAUUCACGGUCUUGGUGAUAACGACUUGCAGGACUACAUGAUUGCAAAUUCCGAAUACCCCGAGCAACAUAGGUUUAGCCUCGGCGAGGUGGCUAGCUCUAGUGGCACGAAGAAUGAAGCUUCCAGUCACAAUGAGCAACGAAGAAAUGAAAUAAUUGAUUUAGACUCAGAUUCUGAACAACCUUCUGGCGACAUUCAGCCUGUUCCGAAUGUCAACCUGAACGCAGAAUAUAUUGAACUCGACGAGGAUGAUAAUCUGGUUAGUGAAGCUAACGGAUCAGGGACCAGGGUUUCACAACCUGGCAGACCUUUCGAAGAGACUAGUGUUAGAAUAGGUUCUUCUGUUGAUGGGCGUCGUGCUUCCUGCAAGAGAAAGGCUAUUGAAGGCAGCAGUAGUGGUCAGUCUUCUUUUGGUGGUUAUGGCGAUUUCCAUCAAGGAGAAAGUAGCAGUUCGUGGACCCCAGCUUCUACCGAGUAUAGGCCAGGAAAUGGUCUAAACAUAUCUGGCCCUCGAGGACAGGUCUCUGCUACUGCUUCAAAUUUUCUUGGUAAUCCCUCAGAACAGCAAGAAACUGUAAACCCAGCUGCCUUUUCUGCGGGAACUGUUGUCAGGCGACCUGUCCCUCCAUCGCAUUCGCAGUCUAGCUUAUCAAGACUUGUACCAUCAGAUCAACAACACCUGUUGGAGUUAAGACAUGGACAAUCUUCAGGAAAUGUCUUCUCCCGGAACCCAAAUCCUCCUGCUAUGAGCGUACCGCCUGUUUCGAGGAAUAUGAUACCACCGUUUCAGUGGACUGAGAGCUCACUAGCGGGUGAAUCAUCCAACUCUACCACUGAGAGAAAUAAUCUUCAUCUAGACGAAACCAGGUCAAGAAGCAUAGCAGCAGUGAGUGUUCUAGAGAAUCCCUUGCUUAAUCCAGCUCCUGACCUCAGGAGUGCAUCCGGAAGUCAGAGUAGCAGAAAUGCUAACCUGAGUAUUGCAUCAUCAGUAUCUGGGACAGGCUCAAGCACAGGUGUUCAAGCAGCAUCUUCUAAUCUAGGGUGGACGCCUUACCAGAAUUUACCACAUCACCAAAGAAGAAGAUCGGAACUUGCCCGUAGGUCAUUGAUUUCUUCCCUUUCUGCAGAUGCUAGAUCUGGUGAACAUCAUCAUCCACCACUUCGUUCGUUGGCUCCUCCUGCUCCUCCGGAUGGGCUUGUGCUUCAGCCUGGUGGUGGUGAUAGUAGCCAGAUGCAUAAUCGGGCAUACUCGAGAGCAGGUCUGUGGCUUGAUAGACAAGUGGAUAGUUUGGUCGGGGCUCCUCAAUCUUUAAGGGCAUUGGCAGCUACAAGCAGAGGAAGAAACAGACUUAUGGUAUCCCAGAUGCAGAAUAUCUUGGAUGUCAUGCGUAGGGAUCCGAAUCAUAACUUGCGGCUUGAGGACGUUAUGCUUUUAAAUCAGUCAGGGAUAUUUGAUGGGGCUGCUGGUAUGCAUGACCGAUAUAGAGACAUGCGGCUUGAUGUAGACAACAUGUCAUAUGAGGAACUGUUGGCACUAGAAGAGCGGAUUGGAGAUGUUUGUACGGGUGUAAACGAAGAAACCAUAUCAAACCGGUUGAAGAAGAGUAAAUACAAAAGCAGCACAAAAUCUCCACAAGAUGCAGAGCCAUGCUGUAUUUGUCAGGAGGAGUACUCUGAGGGAGAAGACAUGGGGACGUUAGAAUGUGGGCAUGAGUUCCAUGGCCAAUGCAUAAAAGAAUGGCUGAAACAGAAGAAUCUCUGCCCAAUUUGCAAGACGACAGGCUUGAACACAGCCAAGAAGCGUAAAUUAGGAUGAUUGAGAGCUUUAUUUUUUCUUCUCUUUUUUUUGUAUUUGUUUUUUUUUUUACAAUUCAGCUGAUGAACAAAAAAAAAUGAAAGAAACAAAGAAGACACCCUCAAGCUCCCACCAUUGCAGAGCCUCUCACUGGAAAUGCCUCCACAGGCAAGUUGGUCCCUUUUGUUUGUUCUAGUAUUUUCUUGCGUAUGCAUUAUAUGAUCUGGCUGGUACAAAGGUUUGUGAUUGAAGGUAGAGAGAGAGGGUGACAGACAAAUGUUGGGACAAUGUAAUUGUUUUCCGUUUCUGAAUUGGUAUGGAUAAUUUAAUUUACUCAUUUGUCAGUUAAUA